AUGAUUGCCCGGCCAUUGUCGCACGCCCUUCGGGCGCGCAGCCUCCGCACGCCACAGACCACCCGUGCCUUCACAACCCGACCCAGUCUCCGUGCUGCUGACCACGGCGACCCCUAUGAUCCCCCAACUGGCUGGCUGUUCGGUGUCAAGCCCGGCCAGAAGUACGAGAAGGAAGGCUGGGAGAACAUCUGGUACUAUGGCUUCAUUGGAAGCUUCUUGGUUGCUGGAGUCGCAUAUGUCUUCAAGCCCGACACUUCUAUACAAACAUGGGCUCUUGAAGAAGCCCGCCGGAGACUGGAGGCCGAGGGUAUUCUUGAGGACCCCUCCAAGGUUAAGAAAUAA